AGAGYGAUGUCAGCACAGUUUCUAACAAAGAUUUAAAAAAUGAUAGCAAGUUGUCCACCUCUGUGAAAACAUCAGAACUAAAUGAAAAGAGCCAGGAAGAAGGCCCAGAAAAUAAUGAAAACAUGUCRCAGUUGCUUGAACCUGUAAAGAACUCUCCAUUGUCCUGCCACUCAAAGGAGAAUAACGAUAUCGUUACACCAGAAGAAAGAGAAAUAGACAUCUCUUCGAACUCAACAGGCACAGCAGUUAAAUGCAGUGUGGCAUCAACUGAGCCUACACCACAGUUCUUUGGCUCCAAGAAAAGAUUGUUCCCUUCUGCUGAGAUUGCGGACACCACAAGGGAGAAAAUCAUCGAAGCAGAAGAGGAUAUUGAUAUAGUUGGUGUAAGUGAUGAAGAAGAAGAGGAAACAAAUGCACGAUGCAGGCAAAAAGAAAAGGCAGYUCCCAAAACAACAACAGAAGAUGAUUAUGAUGAUGAUGAUAUUGAUGUCCUGGAUGUAGAUGGUGGCGACACACCCUGCGUAACCUUUAAUCAUGACAAAUCUAAAGGUUCAAAGGUCAAAGGUGGUGUGCAGGAAGACGAAGCAGCCACUGGUGCAAAAACCAAAGAUGACACUGUGAUUGUGGAUAUAGAAGACGACAGUACCUUCGUGACUUUGGGUAAUAAAUCCAAGAUAUCAAUGCUYAAAAGCAUGUCUCAUGAUGACUUGGCUCUAGAUAAUGAAGAAAGCUAUCAGAUGGAUGAAAGCGUUGUCCUGGAAGGGACAAAACACAAAGCUAUGUCACCAGACUUUGGUUCUGUGUCCAGCCAUGCUUCAAAGAACAAUGGGACGGAGAAUGAUGUAACAGAAGACAUGGUAAAACCCAAGGGAAGACAAACCAGGAGAUCUAAGAAACCAGUCACAAGGAAAAGUAGCAAAGAACAAGAGCAAGAAGAAGAUGCGGAGAAUCAGGAUGACAAGUCUGUUGAUCACCAAGCAGACGAUAACACAACUGUGAACCCUGUAGAAAGAAAAGCUAAAGGGAGAUCUAAGAAAUCUGUAUCGAAUAAAAGCUUAAAGGAAAAGCAAGAAGAGAGUCAGGAAAAUGUUGCUCUUAAUUUAACCAGUGCAAACCAGACAAAUGGGGAGGAUAUGGAAAAUGCCAACUCUGUUAAGAAAGCUACAAGAAAAUCUAAGAGAUCAGUGCAAAAUAAAAACAUGAAGGAAAAGAUAAAAGGAGAGAAUCUGAAAGAUAUKWCUGUCAAUUUAACCAGUCUAGAUCAGACAAAGGAGGAUAACACGACUCAUGCCAACUCUGUUAAGAAAGCCACAAGGAAGUCCAAGAGGUCAGCGCCAAAUAAAAGUAUGACGGAAAAAGAAAACGGAGAGAGAAAAUCUACCAGGACAAGCCAGAAAGAACAAGACAGUAAGAAUGCAGCAGACGCUGUUGAACCGGAGGGCGAAGAAAGAAUCAUGACCAGGAGAGCAAGGAUGUUGAAUGMAUCGAACCAUGCGAGUAUAACAAACACUAGCCUUAAUGAUAAAUCCUUCAACAAGAAGAAUGGUAAAAAGACUUCUACACCUGGAAGACGGUCUACACGGUCCAAGAUGAACAAGAGCAUGGCUUCAGAUAAAAGUGCCAUCUCCGGGGAAUCAAGGAGUGAGAAAAAUAURAACGAAAUCACGAGUAUGSGUGUGGUAGAAGAAGAUGUYUCUAAUGAUGAGAUUCAAGGUGUAGAUGGUGGAAACACAAGUGUUGCAUUGGGAAUGGAAGAUCAUGUGUUUKGYGAUGCAGAAUAUGAAGCUAAUGACACCGACUUACAUGACCCCCAAGGAGAAGAUGGAUGCUUCGAUACCCUGAAAGAUCGGUUAAGUAAGGGGCGGUCGUCAACAAGGAACGAGUCGCAAGUGAGCGACAACGCAUCUAAAACUGUAAGAGAGGAGGUGCAAGAGGCAGAUAGCUUUGACGUCGAAGAAAAUGGUGGCAAUGAUGAUGAUGUUGAUGGUGAUGAUGAACAAGAGUCGCAACAAGAGAUUAGCAAAAAACCUACAAAAACCAGCAAGAAAGUUAAAGGAAGGAAAGCGGGGAACAAAGGGGCUGCUUGGAGGGCAAUGCUUAACAACCAGGGUAGUGACUCAAACCAUGAUGAUGAUGAUGAACAUCAUGAUAAUGAUGAUGAUAACCAUGAUGAUGAUAAGGAAGACGAUAAGAACCAAGAUGACGAUAAAAACAAUUCAAAAAUAAUUUCAAAUAAUGCGAAGACAAAGUCUAAAGACAUGAAGGAAAACGUAUCUUCCAGUAGCAGUUCAGACGGCGAUAAARAUGGAGUCAAUAAGAAAAAAACACCGCGAAAGCGAACAAAAAAAUUAACAAUGGCUCGCCGUUCUCGCCGAGGGAAAUCCAGUGGAACAAAUAAGACUACCGGAAGUGAUAUCACAGAUCAGGAAGGAACUGCUGAUGAAGGUGACGAUGGCUCUCAAGAAGAUGAGAGCAGACUAAAUAGUACGAUAGCAGGUGGCCAAACUGUUGAUAAAACCAUAAAUAAAUCCUCAAAAAAGAGAACAAACCAGACAAGAAUUGAAUCGAUGCAUGUUGUAGACCCAAGCACGCCAGUUGUCUUUAAUGGUAGUCCAUACGUGUUGCCGCCUGGCUCAGUCAAGUCUAUUUUAAAAUCAAGCGUUCAAAGAACCCAGUCAGCUGAUGCCAAAAAGCGUAGAGUAAGUAUUGCUCCAAACGAAAAGGGCUCAUCCUUCGGCGCAGAUGAUGAUGAUGGUGAUGAUGAAGGUGGGAAGUCAAGCUACCCUGGGCGUCGACGCAAGUCCUCGGUCAGUUUCGCCCCCACUCCAUCAUUUCGCAUUACACCUGAUGAUUUCUCAACACCUGAGGAAAGUCCUGGUGAACUAGCAAGGCUGUCUUUCGUUACCAACUACAGUGGUUUCACGUCAGAAGACAAUACCUUCACCCCAGGUGUCCUUGGCUCUGCUUCCCUCUCUUCCUCUGCCUCCUCCUCUCUUACCUCGAUCUCUGACACCAGCAGCGUGAAUGAAUCCCAGGAGAUUACGAUCAACAACUCAAAGAGAAAACUAAUAGAURAAGAGGAUGAUAGCGGUGUUAGACGUAGUAAGAGAACUAAGGUACCUCCUCUGGAAUACUGGAAGAACGAAAGGAUAAAAUACGAAAGAAGACAAUCUGGCUGGUUCGUAAGCGGAAUCGAAAAGGUACCRACUCCAAGCGUUCCCAAGCGAAAACCAAAGAAACCGAAAAAGGAGAAGAAACGAGAAGCUAUUGGAAAGGAGUCGUACGAAGAGGAAGCUAAUGACUUCUAUGAUGAACCUGCAGAUAUGGAAGAAGUAACGUAUACCGCAGUACCAGUYGUAAACCCAGACACUGGGGAACAAGUUGAACUAGACCUUGUUCAUACACAGGAAAUGCUGAAAUUCGUAAAUACAUCAGGAAAACCUGCCAAAGCCGAAGAUGCCCUCAUCAUGGACAAGUUUAUGUCACAUAAUCUCUUUGGGUCUGGCCAGAUUGUACUGAGACCUGGAGCCGAGAAGGGCAAACAACAUGUUAGAAAUGAUACCAUGGUUUUUCACGUUAUGAGGGGUCGAGUGGAAGUAACGGUACACGAAACUACGAUGUCAUUACGAACUGGAUCGACAUUCUUUGUUCCAACAGGAAACUGGUAUAACAUCAAAAAUGUUCAGAAUUCAGACGCAAGGCUCCUCUUUGUCCAGAUAAAGGGCUAAACUAGUGUCAACAAUUGAAAUACUCAAGACCCGCCAAGAACUAGUCCACCUUGACAUCAUCACGACAUCAUACCAACAUCAUACCAACUGUACAUAUAUAGAGAUAGCUUACCCAAGAGAUUUGAUAGAAGUAGAGAGAUCCUGUCAGUGGUGCCAUGACCAGGGGCCAUGCAGCCUUGAAAGUGCGGGCUGCGAUCUGAAGAUCCAGGCAUUUGCGGCACCGAACAUUCUGCGAGAUCACUGGAGUGGAUCAUCACCAUAGACCACUUGACGUUCGCAGAGAGAGAUGUUUAAAAGGACUGCAUCAUGUAGUUGUAUAUAGUACUCUGGGUAAAAGUGUUUUCGCCUGAUAUGAAAAAUACGAAAACAUAAAAUUCGGACACACAGCUGUWUUUGUCUUUCUGCGACUAYCACACCCUCCAGACGUCUCAGUUUUUACAGUGCUUCUCAAUAGCACGCGCAGAAUCGUACAAUUUGCCGAGCUAUAGACCCCUUGCAUGUGAUGUCAAAGCAGCUGGAUCUGGGAAACAAAACAAAAGAAUUCCAAUCUCCUGAGAAUUGGAACCUAUUAUUUUGUCCUCCAGAUUGAGCUGCAUUCCAACAUGCUGCAAGGGGUCUAUACCACGUUGGGACUGAAAUAUCGGAGUCGCAGAAACCUAAAUUAGUUUAAAUUCGAAAAGAAACAAAUAUGUUUUUAUGCUUUCUUAGCAUGAUAUAAAUGCAUGAUAGAAAUAUACGAGUUUUAUUAAAACACCAUUUAGUGUUC